AUGGACGGCGGACCUGAUACUGGGCCUGCGUCUGGCCCCGAGGAGGCCGAUCUUUAUGUACUCCUUGGGAUCGAUAAGAGCGCCACACCAGAUGAAAUCAAGAAGGCAUACCGAAAAGCUGCUUUGCAACAUCAUCCCGACAAAGUCCCCGAGGAGAUCCGAGAAGAAUCCGAGGCCAAAUUCAAGGCCAUUAGCCAGGCGUACGAAAUCCUUCGCGAUGAAGACAAGCGCCACCUCUACGACACCCACGGCAUGGCCGCCUUUGACGGUCGCGGUGGUCCUUCCGGUCCCGAAGUAGAUCUCAACGACGUCCUCUCGCAGAUGUUCGGGUUCGGCAUGGGAGGUCCCGGACCUCGCCGGCCCCGUCGCGGCCCAGACGAAGACCAAGAGUACAAGGUCACUCUCGAGGAGCUGUACAAGGGGAAGACCGUGAAGUUCUCCGCCGACAAGCAGAUCGUCUGCGGCACGUGCAAAGGCACCGGCGCCAAGGCCAACGUCAAGCCCCAACAGUGCGAGAAGUGCCGCGGCGCCGGCGUAUCAGAGGCCUUCCAGCAGAUCGGCCCGGGUCUGGUCCGCAAAGCCACCGUUCUCUGCGACCGCUGCGAGGGCUCCGGAAACUUCCAUAAGGAGAAGGAUCGCUGCAAGAAGUGCAAGGGGAAGCGUACCGUUUCCGAGAAGAAGGUCCUGGAGGUCUACAUCCCUCGUGGCUCCAUGAACGGCGAGCGGAUCGUCUUGGAGGGCGAGGCCGACCAGUUCCCUGACCAGACCCCCGGCGACAUCGUCUUCCACCUGGUUGAGGAGUCGCAUGCUGUUUUCACCCGCCUCGGCCACGAUCUGUCGGCCGAAUUGACCGUCACGCUGGCCGAGGCGCUGUCCGGGUUCUCCCGCGUCGUGCUGACACACCUAGACGGCCGCGGCAUCCAAAUCACUAGGCCCAGGGGCAAGAUCCUCCGGCCGGGUGAUGUGCUGAAGGUCCCUGGUGAGGGCAUGCCGCUGAAGAGGGGAGAGGCGAAGGGUGAUCUGUAUCUGAUUACCAAGGUCGAGUUCCCCGAGGACGAUUGGCUGAAGGACGACAAGGAGUACGAUAUCAUUAACAAGUUGCUUCCGCCACCCGCCACACCACUUAAGGUAGAUGAGGUGGACGAAGUUCACUACGAAGACAACGUAGACAUUGACCAGUUUGGUUCCAGUCACGGCAGGCAGGGCAUGGGCAGUCAAUGGGAGGAGGAGGAUGAUGGGGACGACGGCGCGCCGCAGUGUCAGCAACAGUAGGUUGUACUUGCUUCUUGUCAUCACAUAGAGGAAGAGGGAUACGCUUGGCUCUUGAUGAGUAUGUUUCCGGUCCCACGAUGUGAGGUUUUCACGACGGUCAUGACGGCCCAGGGAUGAUAAGCUUUUGAUAGAGGUACAUAGGUAUGCGCAUGGAUAUGGGGGACAGAGAUUUUGUAUUGGACCAAAUACCCUACUCAUUUGUCC